AUACCGAUGAACUUUUAAAUAUUAGCAUGGAACUUCACCGUCUUAUAGAUGAUGUUGAUUCGAAUUCUACCACUCCAUUAGAUCCGGAAAUUAGAUCAAUUAUUUCAAUUCUUUCCCGUCAGAUCGCCGAACUUUUUAAUAAAAAUACGGAAUAUGAUGAUUUCUUAAUUCGAAUGAAUGAUGAUUUAAAUUUAUCUCGUAGUCACCCGGAUACUGGUUCCAUCAACUACUACUCUCAGCUACCCACUCCUGGUUUAUCAAAUAGUUCUGAUUCCUUCUUUGACGUACAUAAUGCAAUUCGUCGCAAUGAAAAUUCUAUCUACAAUGUUACUACUUCGAAUACAACCCGUCAGCAAAUGAACCCGCUCGCCACAUUGUGGUUCAUUAAAUACUUAAUCGAUCACGAUCUUUGCAAACCUGAUAAAAAUAAUCGCCAUUUACUUUCACUUUUGACGAAUGUUCCGGAACACGAUAUUGAUCGGUGGUUUAUAAGGACCAACCAAAACUAUAUUAAAUCAAAUGAUAAGAAAAUUGCUCGUGAAAAAUUGAACGAACGUGCGAAAACUACCAGCAAACAAUUACGGAGGUCAAACUCAUUAAAAACAAGUGGUUCGAAUUCUACACGUGGAUCGCCGUACACCAAAUCCACUCGCAGUCAGCGUGAUAAGCAUAACAUAAAUCCAAUUCCUAGGAUUUAA